GGAAUACAAAGACAAUGCCUUGCUGGCUCAGCUCAUCCAGGACAAGCUCGAUGCUUAUAAAGCCGAUGAUCCAACAAUGGGGGAGGGCCCAGACAAGGCACGCUCCCAGCUUCUGAUCCUGGACCGGGGCUUUGACCCCAGCUCCCCGGUACUUCAUGAACUGACUUUCCAGGCGAUGAGUUAUGACUUGCUGCCUAUUGAAAAUGAUGUGUACAAGUACGAGACAAGCGGCAUUGGAGAGGCACGGGUGAAGGAGGUGCUCCUGGACGAGGAUGACGAUCUCUGGAUAACGCUGCGUCACAAGCACAUCGCCGAGGUGUCCCAGGAGGUCACUCGUUCUCUGAAAGAUUUUUCUUCUAGCAAGAGAAUGAACACUGGAGAGAAGACCACUAUGCGGGACCUGUCCCAGAUGCUGAAGAAGAUGCCCCAGUACCAGAAAGAACUCAGCAAGUAUUCCACCCACCUGCACCUUGCUGAGGACUGUAUGAAGCAUUACCAAGGCACCGUAGAUAAACUCUGCCGAGUGGAGCAGCCUCUUAAUUGUCCCUCAGCCACUGUAGGCCCCCUUCCGCCUGAGGGCCUUCGCACCCUGCUGGUGUAUUCUUUGGACUCUGCUGAUUCUUUCCAAAGCUUCUACAGUCCCCACAAGGCUCAAAUGAAGAAUCCUAUACUGGAGCGCCUGGCAGAGCAGAUUGCAACUCUGUGUGCCACCCUGAAGGAGUACCCAGCUGUGCGGUACCGGGG